AUGUCCUAUGAUCGAUAUGUCGCCAUCUGUAAACCUCUUCAUUACAUGACUAUUAUGAAUCAUCGGGUCUGCAGAAGACUUCUUUUCUGCUGCUGGGUGAUUACACUGUUGUUGUUAAUUCCACUUGUUAGCGUGGUAAUGGGACUAGAGUUUUGUGAUAAUAAUGCCCUCGAUCACUUUGCUUGUGAUGUUGAUGCUAUUAUAACGAUAUCAUGCUCAGACACACAAUUUAUACAGAAGUUGAUUAUUAUCUAUGCUGUAUUUUUACUCUUUGCUACUCUCAUGUUUGUGGCUUGGUCCUACAUUAGUAUCAUUCAAACUAUUUUUCGAUUCCCCUCUGCUCAGCAAAGGAAAAAGGCAUUUUCUACCUGUUCCUCUCACAUGAUUGUGGUUUCCAUAACUUAUGGCAGUCUUAUCUUUAUCUAUGUGAAACCUACAGGAAAAGAUGUAAUGAGAAUUAACAAAGGGAUUACUUUGUUAGCUACUUCCAUAUCACCUACGAUAAGCCCAUUUAUUUAUACCCUGAGAAACAAACAAGUCAUUCAAGCCUUGAAUGAUUUAGGGAAAAAACUUCUGCUCUCUAGGAAUUAG